AGGAGGUGGCCCGGCGACCAGCGACCGGGGGUAUAUAAACGGCGUUUGGUCUUUACGACAUCAGUUAGUGCCUGGGCAGUCGAACCUUCCGAACUCAUUCCGAAUUAACCAUCUCAAGCCGAAAUGUUCUGCAAAAUCACCUUGGUUAUCCUGCUGGCCGUUGUGGCCACCGUUUGUGCUAAGCCUGGAGCCGUGUUGCCGGCCGCUCCGCUGGCUUACAGUGCCGCACCCCUCGCGGCUCCAUUCGCUGCCCCGCUGACCGCUUACUCGGCUCCGUUGGCCGUUGCUCCUGGUGCUGUUCCGGCCGUGGCCUAUGCGGCCGGGUAUGCCAACGUUGGGGACUCUGCCUUCGUCACUUCGCACAACUCACAGGUCAUCAAUCCGGCGUACGCCGCGUACACUGCCGCUCCGGUGUUGUCCGCGUAUGCUGCUGCCCCGGCAGCGCUGGCCGCUUCACCCUUUGCCUACACCGCUCCGUUUGCCGCCAAAUACGUCCUGUAA